AUGGAAAUUGCGCAAGUUAACAAAGCGGCCCGAGUGCUUCCAUCUGAAACCCCUGUGUUGGUUGUCGGUGGAGGUCCGGCUGGCCUCAUCACCUCACUGCAGCUUGCGAAGCACGGUAUACGAAAUGUCCUUGUGGAACGCAAUCAUGACACGACAAAGUGGCCGAAAAUGGACAUCACAAAUUGUCGAUCGAUGGAACUGCUAGGCAGAUUGGGUCUCGCUGGGAAAGUUCGAGAGAAAGGUGUCCCCGCCGACUAUUCGCUGGAUUGUUUGUUCAGCACCGGCCUCUCCGAGGGAGGAGAACUGAUUGCAAAGUGGGAUCUACCGUCUCCCAGCGUCUGUCAAUCCAAGAUACAGGAAAGAAAUGAUGGAUCCAUGCCUCGUUAUCCCUAUCAAAGAUGUUCCCAAGAAAUCUUUGAAGCUUGGCUGAGAGAAGUGAUCGAGGCAGAGCCUCUCAUUGACAGCUACUGGGGGGUCAAAUUCGAGUCACUCACAGAGCUUGAAGACGCUGUCGAGUCUGAAUUGACAGAUAUGACGACUGGUGCCCUCCACAUGAUCCGGAGCCAAUACGUGGCUGGCUGUGAUGGUGCUGGGAGUCGAGUCAGGAAAAGUAUAGGCGUUGAGCUCACAGGAGGACCAAUGCCUAUGGCAAUGUUUCUCGUCCACUUCAAAUCUCGGGAUCUCGAAAGCCUUCAUAAGCAGGGCCAAUUUUGGCACAUAUUCUUCUCAAAUGGCGGCAUCAUUAUCAGCCAGGAUGAAAAAGAUACUUGGACAGCCCACUUGCCGAUUCCCUUGGGAACAGAUGUGGGAAAUAUUGAUCCUGCGGAGGCGGUAUAUGAGGUUCUUGGUGGCUCUGCCACGAAGCACAAGAUUAAGAUCGACAAAAUUCUGGUCCAGAGCUCUUGGCGACCAAAUUUGUGUGUUGCCGACCAAUAUCGAUCUGGGAAAGGAAAGGUAUUCCUUGUGGGUGAUUCUGCGCACCAAAAUAUCCCUUUCGGCGGCUAUGGGAUGAACACCGGUCUUGGAGACGCGUUCGAUAUCGGCUGGAAACUUGCUGCCUUCCUUAACGGCUAUGGCGGUGGUUCGCUUUUGGAUUCGUAUGAAGCAGAGCGCCGCCCGGUCGCUUUGCGGAAUGUCGACAUGUCUGGUGUUCACACCCAGGUUCAUCUAAAGUACAUUGAUUGGGUCAAGAGACAAGGGCAUACAGUGGCCAUUUCCAACACGCUCGAAGGCCAGGAGCUCCGUCGACAAAUUCGGGCUCAUGUGCUAGCCAAUGAUGGCGAGAACCAAGAUCUCGGCAUUGAAAUGGGCUAUCGGUACAAUAGGUCUCCAAUUGUGCUAACGGACAAAGCCGCUGACGGCGGGCUUGAGAAAGAGCCUGAGUGGAAUGUAAGGAACUACACACCCUCAACAUGGCCAGGAGCUCGAGCGCCGCACGUCUUCCUCGCAGACGGCAAGACAAGUAUCUAUGACUUGUUCGGAUCAGAAUAUACCCUGAUAGACUUCACAACGAAUGGAGAGUUUGCGAAAGAAUUUACCUCUGUGGCGUCGCAUCUCAACGUGCCGCUCGACGUCGUCCACCUUCCGAAUGAGAGAAAUGUUCGCGAUAUUUGGGAGCGGGAUGUUGUACUUGUUCGCCCAGACGACCACGUUGCCUGGCGUGCUGGGCAAGGCGUGGUGUCUCCUGCAGAGCUCUCUGUUGCUGAUAUCCUUCUCACCUCCACGGGUAAAAGGGCAUCGUCAAGUUGGUUGGCUGAAAACAGAGGAUCGAAGGUGCACAACUCACUGCCCAACAAGACAUUUACAGGAACAAUUGGUGAUAUCAAGCAGGACGCUGGACGUAUCGAGUUGCUAGCUGUAUUCCAACAGUAG